AUGUCUGUCCAACCUGUCGCCGUUUAUGCUCUUAAGGUGCCUGCUGGAGGUGCCCUUAUUCCCGCAGUGCCAGAUGCUGCGGCCAUGUUCCGUGUGAGCAUGGCUGCCAUCGAUCCUGAUGAGGAACCUGACUUCGAUGGACACGAUACUAACCAGCGCCCCAGAGCCACCCUCAGGAUCGUGCGCGCUCCCCCCGGCCUGGAUCUUGAGGACGACUCGGAUGACGACUACGAGGAUGUGGACUCUGAUGAAGAAUCCGAUGAUGAGGAACCCAAUGGCGGUCCUAGUGACAAGGAGAAGGCUCGCAAGCUCAAGGAGCUCGCCGCUCUCAAGGAAAUGGAGGAAGCCAUGGACGAGGAUGACGAGGAUGAGGAUGAGGAUGAGGAUGGAGAGUUCGAUCUGAAGGCUGCUAUCUCCAAGCUCGUCAAGGGCAAGGGCCCCGCUACUGAUUCCGACGAAGAUGACGAGGAAGAUGAGGGCCUGGAACUCGAUGAGAUGGUCGUCUGCACCCUGGAUACGGAGAAGAACCUCCAACAGCCUCUGGACAUCACCGUCUCUGAGGAUGAGCGUGUUUUCUUCAAGGUCACCGGUACCCACACUGUUUACUUGACCGGAAACUAUGUCAUGCCCAUUGACCCCCAUUUCCACGGUGAGGACGAGGAUGAAGAAGAUGAGGAUGACUAUGACCUUUCCCCUGAUGAGGACGAGUUGGCCCUCGACCUUAUGGGCGACGAUGACAAUGAGAGUGAUGAACUUGAUGGCCUCGAGAACCCCAGAAUCACCGAGGUUGACAGCGAUGAGGAACCCCCCAAGCUUGUUGACACCAAGGGAAAGAACAAGCGCUCUGCCCCCGCCGAUGAGGAGAAGCCCGCGAAGCAGGCCAACGGCGAGGAAAGCUUGAGUAAGAAGCAGCAGAAGAAGCUUAAGAAGAACAACGGUGAUGCAGCUGCUGUUGAGCAGAAGAAGGAGGCCAAGGAAGGAAAGGAGGCCAAGAAGGUCCAGUUCGCUAAGAACCUUGAGCAGGGCCCUACCCCCUCCGGCCAGGACAAGAAGCCUGCCGAGCAGACCACCGGCACCCUUGGUGUCAAGGAGGUUAAGGGCGUCAAGAUUGAUGACAAGAAGCUUGGAAAGGGACCUGCCGCCAAGGCCGGCAACACUGUUGCCAUGAGAUACAUUGGAAAGCUCGAGGACGGCAAGGUCUUUGAUGCCAACAAGAAGGGCAAGCCUUUCACCUUCAAGCUCGGCAAGGGUGAAGUAAUCAAGGGCUGGGAUAUUGGCGUUGCUGGUAUGGCCGUUGGUGGUGAGCGCCGCAUUUCGAUCCCUCCUCAUCUGGCCUACGGCAAAAAGGCUCUUCCCGGCAUCCCCGGCAACUCUAAGUUGAUCUUUGAUGUCAAGCUGCUUGAGAUCAAAUAG